GGAGAGCGGAUAUAGUGAAUGCAGGGUCCGGGGAGACCAGAUAUAGUGAAUUCAGGGUCUGGGAAGACCAAGUAUAGUGAAUGCUGAGUCCAGGGAGGGUGGAUAUAGUGAAUGCAGGGUCCAGGGAGAGUGGAUAUAGUGAAUGCAGGGUCCAGAGAGAGUGGAUAUAGUGAAUGCAGGGUCCGGGGAGAGCGGAUAUAGUGAAUGCAGGGUCCAGGGAGAGCGGAUAUAGUGAAUGCAGGGGUCCGGGGAGAGCGGAUAUAGUGAAUGCAGGGUCCGGGGAGAGC